AUGGUUCACGCAGCUUGCAUCACUCACGCCUCGUACUUAAUUCGCUCAUCGCCGCCCAUUCCUCAGAACACGGCGUCGCGUCCACAUGGGGACGUACCCUUUAUAAACCGUCUCGAAACUCCCAAGACCACAGUGUCACUCUCACAGCGCCCACGCACUCCCGCUCCUCUCGUCGCUUUCGUCGCCGCGAUUCCCGCUGUCUCACUUCUCGCCGCACUGCCAGCGUCUGCGGCGGCGGCGCUUGCGGAGGAAUCAGCCGCUACCGACAAAGUGCGAUCCGCCGUCGGGAGCUUAAUUACUGCCGCGGAGGAUCUUGAACGCGCCGCCGCGUCGGCAGCCGCCUCCGCUGCGGACGCCGCCGGAGUAGAUAAAGCGCGUUCCGCGGUGGGGAGUCUAGUCUCCGCCGCGGAGGAUUUGAAACGCGCGGCGGCUUCCGCGUACCGCGAUAUUGCUGGCGCUGGCGGCGCGGGAUCCGCGGGGGCGGACGGCGUGGGGGGGGAUACCGAGCAGUUUGGUUCCGCCGUGGGGGAUAUCGUCUCCGCGACAGGGGAUCUUGAACGCGCAGCUGUAGGCAUUUUUGGAAAGGCUGUGUCAGCAGAAGAGAGCGUGUCGGAGCAGGUGGGCAAGCUGCUUGGUUCGGGUGUGGAAGCGACGCAGAAGCUUCUGGAAUCCAGCGGGGAAGCGCUGCAGGCGGACACGGCAGGGGUGACGAGGAUGAUUGGCGAUGCUGCCAGUGCAGGGUUGGAGGCGGUUGAAAGGCUAUUCCAGGAAGGGGCUCCUGCACUGGAUGGCGUUUGGUCGCUCUCUCUCCCGACAAACGGAACCAUUUUCAACACUGUGUCAUCAGCAUCCGCGUUUGUAACAGCUCCUUUAAGCACAGCAUGGGAAGCAGUGCAGCUCACUCCAACCAGCUCCGGUCUCCAAACAGUUGCGUUUUAUGCCUCCAUGAGUGUCUUUCUGCUGGCAAUAGCCAGUCAGCCAAGAGAAUAG